AUGGAGGGCGAAGUUGUGUCCAUGGAAGAUACCGAUGGAAAGGUCCUCUCAGAGAGUGGAGACGUUCUGUUACAGGACACUGCGGAGGCUCAGCAGGCAGAGGUGGCCACUAACAUGGAGAUGAUGGUUAUGGAUGCUCUAGACCCAGCUCUCUUACAAAUGAAGACAGAAGUGUUGGAAGGAGGUGGUACUGUGACGGUAACUGGAGGAGAAGAAGGUCAAAUCAUUACUCUGCAGGUUGUCAACAUGGAGGAGCAGACUGGUGCUGCUUUGGGACUUGGACAGCUUCAGCUUGUUCAGGUGCCUGUCUCGACUACAACGGUGGAAGGUCUUCAAGCAACAUAUGUUCAGGCUUCUAUGGCUAACAAGGACUCAGAACCAGUUAUCUGUCACACACUACCUCUGCCUGAAGGCUUUCAGGUUGUGAAAGUGGGUGCUAACGGUGAAGUUGAGACUGUGGAGCAUGCACUCCAGGGGACUCAUGAAGACCUUCAAGGACCAGUGGAGGAGGAGGAAGAGGAAGAAGAAGAGGUGCACAUUGGAGUAGCGAUUCCCCCUCAGGACCAAGAAGACCCAGAUUAUCAGCCAAUUCAAACUGUCCGCAAACUAAAGAAGGGAAAAAAGAGCAGAUUGCGAUAUGCUGAAGGAGACAGAGACAUGGAUGUGUCUGUGUAUGACUUUGAAGAGGAGCAGCAGGAAGGAUUGCUGUCUGAAGUCAAUGCUGAGAAGGUUGUGGGAAACAUGAAACCACCUAAGCCUACAAAAAUUAAAAAGAAAGGCGUGAAGAAGACCUUUCAGUGCGAAUUGUGCAGCUACACAUGUCCUCGUCGCUCCAACUUGGAUCGUCAUAUGAAGAGUCAUACAGACGAACGACCACACAAAUGUCACUUGUGUGGAAGGGCCUUUAGAACAGUCACACUACUUAGAAAUCACCUCAACACACACACAGGAACACGGCCCCAUAAAUGCACUGACUGUGACAUGGCUUUUGUGACAAGUGGAGAGCUGGUGCGGCACCGUCGCUAUAAACACACCCACGAGAAACCAUUCAAGUGUUCAAUGUGUGAUUAUUGUAGUGUGGAGGUCAGCAAGUUAAAAAGGCACAUUCGUUCCCAUACUGGAGAAAGGCCUUUCCAGUGCAGCUUGUGCAGUUAUGCGAGCAGAGACACUUACAAGCUCAAGAGACACAUGAGGACACAUUCAGGUGAGAAGCCUUAUGAAUGCUACAUUUGUCAUGCUCGCUUCACGCAGAGUGGGACUAUGAAGAUGCACAUCCUCCAGAAACACACCGAGAAUGUGGCAAAGUAUCAUUGCCCACACUGUGACACAGUUAUUGCUCGAAAGAGUGACCUCGGUGUGCAUUUAAGGAAGCAACACUCCUUUAUUGAAACGGGGAGAAAGUGUCGUUACUGUGACGCUGUGUUCCAUGAGCGAUAUGCUUUAAUUCAGCACCAGAAAACUCAUAAGAAUGAGAAGCGCUUCAAGUGUGACAUGUGUGACUACUGCUGUAGACAAGAACGUCACAUGAUUAUGCACAAACGGACACACACAGGAGAGAAACCCUUUGCCUGCAGUCAGUGUGAGAAGACAUUCCGGCAGAAACAACUUUUGGAUAUGCACUUCAAACGCUACCAUGAUCCAAACUUUGUCCCCACUGCAUUUGUCUGCAGCAAAUGCAACAAAACCUUUACCCGUAGAAACACCAUGCUUCGCCAUACCGACAGCUGCACAGGGGAGAAUAUGGGUGAUGAAAAUGAAACUCCAGCCAGGAGGGGACGUCGUGGGCGAAAAAGGAAGAUGCAGUCAAAGGCUGAUGAUGACGACACUGAGGGGGAAAUGGAGGCAGAGGAGGAGGAAGAAGAAGAGGAGGGGGAUGAGGAGGAGGAGGAUGAUGAUGAUGUUGUCAUUGGUGAGAUGGAGUUGGAACAGGCUCCACCAGUUGUUCCUAUACCAGCCCCAGAGCCCCCUGUAAAGAGGAAGCGUGGAAGACCCCCAAAGAAGCCUGCCACACAAUAUGCGCCUGCUGCUUUCAUUCGGGUAGAGGAUGAAUUGACUGGAGAGGUGAAUGAUAUUGUCGUGAAGAAGGAGGUUGGAGAUGAGCAGGAAGACGACAUUGCUGAAGAAGUGAUUGUUGGGGAUGAAAAUACCCAGAUUCAGAUGGAGGAUCUGUCCCAGGUGGAAGAAGCAGUUCAGGAGCCACAGUUAAGUGAGGCGCCUCCAAACGGAGAUUUGACUCCUGAAAUGAUUCUUAGCAUGAUGGACCGGCAAACAUGGGACGCAACCCACUUAUCCUGCGUGGUCGCUGCGCAAAACAAAGGAUAUGUCGACCACUUUGGUAAAGUGCAACAUCCAACUGUUCGAGCAGCACUGUUUGAUCUCAAAGAGGCAGAAGCUCUAAGGAAGCAGGAUCCCGAGAGGUUGGAUGAAGUGUAUGCGGCAUUACGUCGAGGACUACAGUCGUAUCUACAAGUCCAUCAGCUGGAGUUGGACAGUCUGGGGCAGCAGAGUAGAGAAAACAAGAGAAAUGGACGCUUGGGGUCGCUGUAUGAGCUGGAUAAACAAGUUAAAGCCAUAGAGCGGUUUAUGCGUCGUCUUGAAUUUCAUCUCAGCAAAGUGGAAGAGUUGUACGAUGCCUACUGUAUUCAGCGGCGAGUGCGUGAUGGCGCAAGUAAAAUGGUCGCCGCUUUCAAUCUGGCCAGUGGCAGCAAAGAGGCCAGAGAGAGUCUAAGUGAAGCUAACAAAGGCUACAGAGAGUGCACUGAGCACAUGUGCAGUCUUGAAAGUGAACUGGAGAGCCACAUGGGAGAGUUUCAUGUCAAGAUGAAGGGACUUGCUGGCUUUGCACGGUUAUGUGCUGGUGAUCAAUAUGAGGUCCUCAUGCGUUAUGGUCGGCAACGAUGGAGGCUUCGAGGUCGCGUGGAAGUCAGCAACAAGCAGAUCUGGGACAGUGAGGAGUAUAUAUUCAUGCCUCUAGUCACUGAUCUCUUGUCCAUAAAGGUGACGGAGUUGAAGAGCCUGGCAAAUCACGUCAUAGUGGGCACCGUGUCGUGUGAAAUGCUGGAUCUGUUCUGCCCGCUCCCCCAGACGCUGGCGGUAGACAUCAACGAUCUGGGAACAGUGAAGCUGAAUUUGGAGGUCACAUGGAGUCCAUUUGAUAAAGAUGACCAGACAUCGUCCAGCAGUACAGUCUCCAAGCGACUGCUGUCCAACCAGAGCCCUCCAGACACACCCUCCAUGAGAGAGCAGGUGUUUUAUUCUUUGCUGAAGCGACAGGGUGAAGUGGAGAAUGGGACUGUGUGGUCCAACUCGUCUGAAUCCUCUGACGACUCGUCAAGUCCUGCCUUGGCCCACCCAACACAGCGCCUUAUUGCAUCAAACCUGCUGCAGAGCACUCUCACCAAUCAGCUGUCACUCAGUCCGCACAAAUCCAGUGCGUCUACUCCAUCGCUCUCCUCCAACCAGGAGGAGGAGGAGUCGGAGGCACCGGAGGUUUUCUGUUUGAACGAUACGGUUUCUAACGGUCACCUUCAGAGGCCCACCAGUGACUGUAAAGCGUCUGACAGAGCAUCCCUUCAGUCAGCGGACCUGUCAGAGACCUCUGUGGACUUGUGUGGCUCCUGUCCUGAUGUAUCAGAGUCCCCCACUCCAUUGGUGGACAGUUUGCCUGAAAUUAACUGUAAUCAGCAAAAAGACUCGGUGUUUGAGAAAACAGAGGCCGAAGAAUUGUCCGUGGCUGUUACUGACUGUUCAUUCGAAAAAGAUCAAGAGGUGGUAGAAGAGGAACAGCAGCCACCUCCGGAGGAUGUGCAGGACGUGGAGUUAAAAGAGGAAACUCCCGAGGCUCCAUUUCCAACAUCUGAAAGUUUCAACCAGGAAGUGGAAACAGCUCUGGAAAGCUUUGACUUUCUCAACUGUUCUGACCUGGAGGAAGAUGAAGAAGAGGAGGAGGAGGAGGUGGAGGAGAAUGACAACGACAAUGACAAUGACAAAAUCCAUGAAGACGAUAAAUGUAAAGAGAUGGAUACUAUAUCAAAGGGAGAAGCUGUACAAGAAGUGGACCAAGAUCAGUCCGUGGAGGGUCAUAAUGAAGUGAUGGACACGACUGCAGAGGAUAAAGAAAAGGAAGACAUCAUCUCAGAAGGAAGUGAUGAAGAGGUCGAUGAGGAUCUAAACAUCAUUAUGGAAGCUCCAGAAGGAUUUAGGAACUCUGAUGACGAUCUCUUUUCUGAAUCACAGGAAUCAAGUGUUGCUGACCUGCAGGAUCUGGGUCAGUUCGAAAUGCCAGAGGAACUACAGAAAUCAGACCAAGAGAAGGGAGAUGAAACACAUGAGGAAGCAACGUCUCAUGAUCAGGAGGAGCCCUGA